GAUAAUCAUGGGUCAAACCGGAAAAAAAUCUGAGAAGGGACCAAUUUGUUGGCGAAAGCGUGUGAAAUCAGAAUAGAGGCUGAGGCAGCUCAAGAGGUUCCGACGUGCAGAUGAAGUAAAGAGUAUGUUUAAUUCUAAUCGUCAGAAGAUACUGGAAAGAACUGAUUUAAAUCAAGAAUGGAAACAGCGUAGGAUACAGCCUGUACACAUCAUGACUUCUGUGAGCUCAUUGCGCGGGACCAGGGAGUGCUCUGUUACCAGUGACAUAGAUUUUCCAAAACAAGUCAUCCCACUAAAGACUCUCAAUGCUGUUGCUUCUGUGCCUAUAAUGUAUUCUUGGUCACCCCUUCAACAAAAUUUUAUGGUAGAGGAUGAAACUGUUUUACAUAACAUUCCGUAUAUGGGAGAUGAAGUGCUUGACCAGGAUGGUACCUUUAUUGAAGAGCUUAUCAAGAAUUAUGAUGGGAAAGUACAUGGAGACAGAGAAUGUGGAUUUAUCAAUGAUGAAAUAUUUGUUGAGCUGGUCAAUGCACUUGGUCAAUAUAGUGAUGAUGAAGAUGAUGAUGAUGGAGAUGACAAUCCUGAUGAAAGAGAUGACAAGCAAAAAGAUCGGGAAGGUAACAGGAUGGAGAAAGAAAGUCAUCCACCUCGGAGGUUUCCUUCUGACAAGAUAUUUGAAGCCAUUUCUUCAAUGUUUCCAGACAAGGGUACAGCAGAAGAACUGAAAGAGAAAUACAAAGAACUCACUGAGCAGCAGCUUCCAGGAGCUCUUCCUCCUGAAUGCACACCAAACAUUGAUGGACCAAACGCUAAAUCUGUUCAGAGGGAGCAAAGCCUACACUCUUUUCACACACUCUUCUGUAGGCGCUGUUUUAAAUAUGAUUGCUUCUUGCAUCCAUUCCAUGCAACUCCUAAUACUUACAAAAGAAAGAAUACAGAAACAGCAUUAGAUAAUAAGCCUUGUGGACCGCACUGUUAUCAACAUCUGGAAGGUGCAAAGGAGUUUGCAGCUGCCUUGACUGCUGAGCGUAUAAAGACACCACCAAAGCGCCCAGGUGGCCGCCGAAGGGGAAGACUUCCAAACAACACCAGCAGACCCAGCACACCAACAAUAAAUGUAUUGGAAUCAAAAGACACAGACAGUGACAGGGAAGCUGGAACUGAAACUGGAGGAGAAAACAAUGAUAAAGAAGAAGAAGAAAAGAAAGAUGAAACAUCUAGUUCCUCUGAAGCAAAUUCUAGGUGUCAAACACCAAUAAAGAUGAAGCCAAAUAUUGAGCCUCCAGAGAAUGUGGAAUGGAGUGGUGCAGAAGCCUCAAUGUUUAGAGUUCUUAUUGGCACCUACUAUGACAACUUCUGUGCAAUUGCUAGACUGAUUGGGACCAAAACAUGCAGGCAGGUGUAUGAGUUUAGAGUAAAGGAAUCUAGUAUUAUUGCUCCAGUCCCUGCUGAAGAUGUUGAUACUCCUCCCAGAAAGAAGAAAAGGAAACACAGGUUAUGGGCUGCUCAUUGCAGAAAGAUACAGCUGAAAAAGGAUGGGUCAUCAAAUCAUGUUUACAACUAUCAGCCAUGUGAUCAUCCACGUCAGCCUUGUGACAGCUCAUGCCCAUGUGUAAUUGCUCAAAACUUCUGUGAGAAGUUUUGUCAGUGCAGCUCAGAAUGCCAAAACAGGUUUCCUGGAUGUCGUUGUAAAGCACAAUGCAACACUAAGCAGUGUCCAUGUUACUUAGCUGUACGUGAAUGUGAUCCUGAUCUCUGUUUAACAUGUGGAGCAGCUGACCACUGGGACAGCAAAAAUGUUUCUUGCAAGAACUGCAGCAUUCAGAGAGGAUCCAAAAAACACUUGCUGUUGGCACCUUCAGAUGUGGCAGGCUGGGGAAUAUUCAUCAAGGAUCCUGUACAGAAGAAUGAAUUCAUCUCUGAAUACUGUGGUGAGAUUAUUUCUCAGGAUGAGGCAGACAGAAGAGGAAAAGUAUAUGACAAGUACAUGUGCAGCUUUCUGUUUAACUUGAAUAAUGAUUUUGUGGUUGAUGCAACACGCAAGGGCAACAAGAUUAGAUUUGCAAACCAUUCAGUAAAUCCCAACUGCUAUGCAAAAGUUAUGAUGGUUAAUGGUGAUCACAGAAUAGGAAUAUUUGCUAAAAGAGCCAUUCAGACUGGUGAAGAACUGUUCUUUGACUACAGAUAUAGCCAAGCUGAUGCCCUUAAGUAUGUGGGCAUAGAAAGAGAAAUGGAAAUCCCUUGACACCAGCUACCUCUUCUUUUAAACAUACAGCUGCCUUAUCUUCAGGAAUUUCUAGUACUGUGGGCAAUUUUUAAAAGAUAAAAUGAUGCAAUUUGAAAUUCUGUAUUUGCAAAGUACUGUAACAGUAAUUUAUAGUAACAAAUUUUAAAAAACAACUUUUUAUUGCCUUCUCACCAGCUGCAAAGUGUUUUGUACCUAUGACCUUUUGCAAUAAUGUGGUGUGGUACAUUUUUCAACCUUGAAUAAAGGAUACUUGAACUUC